AUGGUAAACAAAAAGGUUAUCAAUGAAGCAAAGAGCAACAAGUCGGUCCCAACUCCCAAAAAGGUAGUAAAAAAUCAAGCCAAAAGCGUCUGUUUGUCUCCUUUCAAGAUCAUUUUAAAAGACAAGAGUAAAAAGUCUCUUGCCAAACAAACUCCUAAGAAGAAGAAGAAGAGUUCAGAGCAUCCUGAUAGCGUAAAGAGUCCAAGACGAUCAUCCCUUGGGUUUAAGAACACUCCAGAGGAACCUCGUAAUGCUGAAAAGACUACUCAGAACAGUUCAGAGGAACCAUAUGAUACUGAAAAGACUACUCCAACACGAUCAUCGCCUAUGAAAACUAAAAGUGCAUCCACAUCAGGAGCAUCUCAAGCUGCACCCUCUAGUAAAGUUGUUAACAAGCAGAAAAGUGCAAAGCGGAAAUUGUACACAGAGUCAUAUCCGAAUAUGCAAGUCAGGAACUUGAAUGAUACUUUCUCAGAUCUUCAAGACGACGAAGAAGAUGAAGAUGAUGAACAAAAAGAGAAGGAAAAGGAAGAGGUGGAAAAUGAAGACAAGGAAAAUGAAGAGGUGGAAAAUAAAGACAAGGAAAAUGAGAACGAUGGCGAGGACCAUGACGUGGGAAAUGAAAAUUAA